AAAAGCUGUUUUAACAAUAAUAAAUAAAAAAUUGUGUACGUGCGUUUGUGUGUGUAGGGAUAGAUACCAAUUCAGCUUUUUUUUCCCCUUAUCCCACAUCCCUUGUCCUCAUCUUCAUCUUCAUCUUCGUCCUCUUCCUUAUCCUCAAAAAAAAAAAUAGAAUUUGAUUAUAGUAUAGAAUUUGAUUAUAAUAUAGAUAGAUUAAAGACAUGCGAUCUGCUCUUACAUUAUCAACAAGGAGAGCGAAAUCUUCUCAAUGUUUAUUAAAACAACGUUGCUUUGAAUUAGAACGCUUUCAUAAACGAUUAUUCAUGACAACCUCUAUCGUGUCAUCGAAACGACUACCACUCACCAGCCACGGACCUCGACUACGACCUAUUUUAUGGUAUCUCGUAACAAGACCUCUCAGUACACAACCACCUAAAAGGGAAGAAGAAGAAGAAGAAAAGAAUGAGAGUGAUCUCGUGGAACUAGGUCGUCAAUUUCAUCCACGUACAAUGAGCAAAUGUAUCGAUUUAGAUGGUCUGCUUAAUUAUCUUCAAAUGGCCAAGGACACACUUGGUGAAAAGAAAAUAUUCAAGACCUUACGAACGGCACUCUACAAUACAUACAAAUAUGAUGCUCAGCAGGCCUGGAGUAUCUAUCAAGCUAUGGUGGAACACAAGGUGGACAUGUACUUGAACGAGCAUCAAUAUGGUCAUUUGUUGGAUAUAUUAAAGCAUAGUAAACAGCCGUUUGCAGUCGAGAUGCUAACUGUCCUUGAAAACAUGAAGACACAUCAUGCACAGGAAGGGACGACGGGGGAGAAGGUCUAUCCAACCGUCUACCACAUCACACAGGUCUUGUAUGGGAUGGGACAACAGGGGCGUGUGAAGGAAGCGUAUGAUUUGAUUCGGGCCAUUACUGCCACAGCUCAAUCAACGAACCGCACCGAUUAUUUCCCCACCACAAAUCAUUAUCAUUCACUUGCUACCGCUUUGAAGAACAGUUAUUACGUUAAGCACCCUGUUUGGAUUAAAAGGAUAACACGUUUCAUCAUCGAAGGCAUGAAGGAACGAUCUACAGCCCUUGACGACAUCACAGUCACCCUUGUCGUCCACCUCUUGACCUCACGGAACCAUUUUAAACAGUUUGAGGGACUCACUCUUGAGUUCUUGAACCAAGUAGAGGAGGUCAACAACGCAGCAUCAAAACAUGAUGAUGAUCAUCAUCAUCAUCAUCAUCAACGUCGUCAUCAUCAUCAUUUCAACGUCUAUGUCUAUACCUCACUCAUCAUCGGGUUUGCACGGCAGGGGAACCUGGAGGUGGCUAAGAAUUUAUUUAAAGAGAUGCGAAAGUACAAGAUAGAGCCGACUGAAAUUACGUUUGGGGCCAUGAUGGAGGCCUAUGGGAUAUCAGGGGAUUUUGUAGGAGCCAAAGGGUUAUUAAAGGAAUAUCGAAGGAGACAUGAAAGGCUAUCGAAUCCGAUUGCGACUUCCCUGUUAGUAAACGCGAUCCGACAUCGACAAUUCAAGAUAGCUGAAGAGACGGCCGAGAUGAUCUUUAAGGAUAUCAAGCUUGAAGAUCAAGACACGAGACUGAGAACAGCCUUAAUAUGGUACAAAACAAAACAAGACGUAGAGAAAGCACGAGAGGAGUUUGAUAGACUGUAUCAACACGAUACAUCAUGGGUCAAUAGUAUCAUGGUGAAUCAUUUAGUAGGGGGGUAUGGUGCUAAAGGAGAUAAAGCUAAAGUGGUGGAGGCCUUUGAUUUACAUCGCCAACUGGAACCAGAUCAGGUUAUAAAGGGACGAGCGAAACAUUAUUUAACACAUGCUCUCUUUCAAUGUCGUGAUGUACCUGCCGCACUCAGUGUCUUUGCCUCUCUGAGGUCAGAGUAUAUACCGGAUUCCAUUACAUUGGCGAUGGUCAUUCAAGGUCUAGUGAUGAAUAAUGAAGGAAAUUUAGCUUGGCAACUCUUCAAGUCGCUUCAAUCAGAAGGGAUCGAGCCUAAUCAACGUGCUUAUACCAGUAUCAUAAAGGCCCUAGCGCAUCGUGAUUCAGACCUGAGGAAGGCCAAAUAUAGUUCCCCCUCAAGUCAUCUAAGUUCUGAUAUAUUGCGGGAUGCAGGUAUUCAUUCUCAAGCAGAUUUCUUUCAUUCCUCCGUGCCUGCCACGACAGAGGCCAUGAAUAUCUUUCGUCGUCUUACAGGUUUUACACAGCCUCAUAUCUAUACCUAUACCACCCUCAUUUCCUGUUUUGCUAAACAUGAUCUAAAACAGGCUAUCGCUAUCUUUGAUCACAUGUGUGAACAUCACGUUAAACCCACUGUCGAAGUCUAUACUGCUCUCAUCCAAGGUUGUGCCAUAUUUAAAGAUGCUAAAACUGCUGUCAUUAUUUAUCAGCAUAUGUCCGAACAGCAAAUUCAACCCAAUGCUGUCACUUGGAGAUACCUCUUGAAGUCAAUGCUAAGAUCCCACAUUGAUAGAAAAGACAUUGAUAAAAUUGGUGAAAUAGCGAGGGAAUGUUUAUUAAAAGACGACGCCAUUGACGAAUAUCAGAAAUUACAAUACCAAAAACUGAAAAUGAAAAUAAGAAACGAAAAACUAAGAGAGAAAAACAUAAUACAAAAAGAUCGAAAAGAACGAAAAGAAAGAUACAGAGAACAAAAAUACAAAAAAAGUCAAAAACAGAAAAAUACAAUACCACACAAAAAACCAAGAAGAAGAAGAAACAGAAGGAAAAGAAAAGCAAGAAGAAAUGAAAUGUUAAUGUAUCAAAUAUAAUUCAUUUUUGUAUAUAGAUAUAUAAAGAAUUUGCACAUGUACA